AUGGUUCAGAACGGAGGUGACUUCGACCUCGACAUCGACAUGGCUACCGACGUCACGGCCGAACAGCUGCUCACUCAGCUUAGUCAACUCCAGCAACGGGAAAUUACGGCCAUCGACGAAACUACUAAGGACGUCAUCGAAGUAGCGGCCACGAGCUACAAAGACAAGGGCAGUGACACGGAUAGUCUCGGACACGACGGCAACGGUAAAGACGAACAAGCACCGAACUCCGAACUGGUCACUAUGGAUCCAGAGACAGGUCUUGCCGAAUGGGACAUGGCAGGAGAAUAUGCACCGCCAGCUUCGAUUCUCCCGGCCUUAGGACAGUGGGGUUUCACGGUCACGCAGAGGCGGGAUGGAUCGUGGACAACCGACACCUAA